ACCCUUUUAAAAAAUUCACCAAGCCUGAAAAAUGGAGAUUUGUAUGCACUUUAAUGUGUUUGUCCGAAAUGCACGAUCCACAGAUUAUCAGUUGUAUUACUUAGCUGCAGUCCUGUUUACUCCUGGUUUUAAGAUGUGUUUUGGUCUAUCAGAUCCCCAUGUACCCCUAGUGUCUCUUUUGUCCACUUUUAACCACUUCCGUCCUGAUUACUUUUGUGAUCCGAUCGACCAAAACGCUUCUUAAUACCAGGUGUAAACAGGGCCCUAGAUGUGAUGAAUAUAUUUAAUUUUUAACUCUCUUUCUAUCUUCUCUUUUCUCUGGUUGGUCUCUCAGACGUGGCUCUUAGCUUACAGUUGCAGAAGGUGUUGAGGUCUCAUUGGCAGACUCGUUCCUUUGACAGGAUCAAACCGCUGAAGAAGAUCUCUCUCAAACACAAGCUCUCCAUCACACCACCAUCAUCAUCCUUCCACUCUAAACACAAAUUCCGACUGUCAAAUUCGCAUGCGGCCGCAGUCCGAUUGGCCCGUCACAAGAGCAGGUUGGAGAAACUGCACAGGCAGCAGGUGGACAGCAUCUCAUGUGUCCCAAAACCAGACACACUCACACCCUGCAGGCCGGACCGCGUGCUGGUCCGGAGUCACAGCAGGAAGAGAGUCAGAGAGCACUCAUUGGACAGAGCAGACUCACCAAAAGUCAUGAUGGAUGCAGGCAGUCCAUGUCCGUCUCUGUCCAGCCUUCACUCCUCCAACACCAGUCCCUUGACCAGACAGCUCUCCCUCCCCGUGGAGAGCAGCACUCCUCUGGGAAACAGUGUGCCCGUUCGGAGGAGAAGAGGCGAGAGUCCGUUUGAUAUCAACAACAUCGUCAUUCCCAUGUCAGUGGCCGCCACCACCAGAGUGGAGAAACUUCAGUACAAAGAGAUUCUCACACCCAGAUGGAGAGAAGUGGACCCCUUAGCCCAACCACUGGCAGAGGAAGAUGAUAACAUUCCGGUGGAGGACCUUUCAGACGCCAUGUUCUCGAAACACCAUCAGCCGUGUGAGGACCAGGAACGUUCUCGCUGGCGAUGGACGGCUCUCGCACCCGCCAAGAGGAGAUGCAGCAGGUCCUAUAAAUCACUGGACGGGCGAACGACACCAUCAAUAGUCGGAACGAACCCUUCCCAGCCCUCUUCCCCAGACGCAAGUCACUUCCACCUGCUGCAGGACUACGGGCCCGUGCCGUCCCCCCUGAGCCCACCCAGCCCCGACACGCCUUGCUCGCGGGACGCACACACACCGUACACCAGAGACACACACAGACUGCUGUACAGCGAAGACACGUGCGGCUCCACUUCAGACUGCACCUUUGAAGUGAAGACGGUCCAGCCCUGGGAACUCAGGAGUUUUCCUUUGCCUGAGGACCCAGUCGUGGAGCCUGAGAUGGACAAGGAUCAACUGAGCUUUCCCCCUGUCAUCAGAGCCGACGCCCACUGCAGGGCGGAGUCAGAGAGUGACGCUUCCUCGCCGUGACGACGAACUUAUUAAAUCCCACCCACUAACGGGAACAACCUUAAAACCACACCUCCUAUGGCAUUAAUUGAGGAAAAAAAACUCAUACUAAUCAAAGGAAAAAAAAAAAAAAAGAUUCUGUCGGGACUUCUGUUGUUUGAUAUUCAAACAUCAGCCAAUUAUUUUCACAGUUUUUAGUGAAUAUUACCGAACAUAGUAAAGCUAAACCUGAAAGAUGAAAGAAAAAUGUAAAUGAGAUGUAUGAAAGUUGUUUCCAUAAAUGUUUUCAUAGUCAGCUAAAUAUAUCAUUGGGACUUAGUGUGGUAUUCUAACCUGUCAGGUGAACACUAUGUAGUGCACUGUGUAGCAGACUUAAAGAGGGCUUGACCAAAGGGUGCCUCUCUGCUGACUUGUUCUAAAUAUAUUCUUGUUUUGUGAAGUGAAAAACCAAAACCUGACAAAAAUACUUGCCGCAUUAUUCUCAGUUGAUGGUCGCGCACCAAGCAGAGAUAUUCUCCUCAGUUAAAAAGCACUUCACAGGGCGUCAAUAUCUUGUUCUCCGCCUCGACCCUCCCCUUUCUCUCUUUCUUUUUGACAAUUUCCCACCAGCAUUCGGAGCAUGCUAAUGUUCAUGGCAUCAUGUAUCACAACGUAAUGGAAAAAUUGCGAGCUCUGCGACACAAAGCCUUUAGUGCACAUUAGUUUAGAUCUUUAAAUGUUCCUGGAUCUUUCUACGUCAUCUGUUGAGAUUGUACUUUGUAUUCCUUCGUAAAGGAGCCGGAUGUUUCACACAGACCUGCCCUUCUCAGGUUAUGGAGUUUCACAGAAUCUUGUGUCGGCGAGGUGUCUGUUUUUCCUUCACUUAGUCUGUGAUGUUUCUGUGAGCCCAUAUUAGUGUUCUUACUCAGCACUGUCGCCCCCGAGAGAAUCUACUUGCUAUGCAACUGGACAUUAUUGUUGUGGCCCUGUCUCUUUCUUUUUCAUACAAUCACAAUGUCUUUUUUUAUUUUUCUUUGAUGUGUCUUUCUCUUCAUAGCUAUUUGAGACGGUUUUCAUUGUAAUUUGGACUGUUUCAAAAGUUAAAUCAUUUGCAGAAAAAAGAAAAGGAAAACACCCUUUUGUAAAUAGUACCAUUAAAUCAAAUCAAACUCCA